CCUCGCGGCGAGCCUCCCCUCCGCCUCGCCCCUCAGCCCCACUUUGCUCCCCCCUCCCCGCGCCCCGCCGUCCCCUCCGAUGCCAGCCAUGGUGGAGAAGGGCCCGGAGGUGCUAGGGAAGAGGAGGGGGAGGAAUAAUGCCGCUGCCUCCUCGGCCGCCGCCGCCAACGCCGCCGCCGCCACCGCUGCCUCCUCCUCCUCUUCCUCCUCCUCCUCCUCCGCAGCAGCCGCUGCCGCCGCCUCAGCCUCAGCCUCCGCCUCGGCCUCGGCCGCCUCUGCCUCCUCCGCUGCAGCCUCCGCCUCGGCCGCCGCCGGCUCCGCCAAUAAUGGCCAUAAUAAAAGUUUGGCAGCGGCCGCCGCCGCGGCGCCCAAUGGAAAUAGCACCAACUCCUGGGAGGAAGCGAGCUCGGGCUCCUCGAGUGAUGAAGAGCAUGGAGGAGGUGGCAUGAGAGUCGGACCCCAGUACCAGGCAGUGGUCCCCGAUUUUGAUCCUGCUAAAAUUUCAAGGCGCUCUCAGGAAAGAGAAAAUCUUGGCAUGCUGGUGUGGUCACCUAAUCAGAAUCUAUCAGAGGCAAAAUUAGAUGAAUACAUUGCCAUUGCCAAGGAGAAGCAUGGGUACAAUAUGGAGCAGGCACUUGGGAUGCUUUUUUGGCAUAAGCACAAUAUUGAAAAAUCCUUGGCUGAUCUACCCAACUUUACCCCAUUUCCAGAUGAGUGGACUGUGGAAGAUAAAGUUCUGUUUGAGCAGGCCUUUAGUUUUCAUGGGAAAACAUUUCAUAGAAUCCAACAGAUGCUUCCUGAUAAGUCUAUAGCAAGUCUAGUGAAAUUUUACUAUUCUUGGAAGAAGACAAGAACCAAAACCAGUGUAAUGGAUCGUCAUGCCCGGAAGCAGAAAAGGGAACGGGAGGAAAGUGAGGAUGAACUGGAAGAAACAAAUGGAAAUAACCCAGUUGACAUUGAGGUUGAUCAAAACAAGGAAAGCAAAAAGGAGGUACCACCAACGGAGACAAUUCCUCAAAUCAAAAAAGAAAAGCAUAGUACACAAGCUAAAAAUAGGGCCAAGAGGAAACCUCCCAAGGGAAUGUUUCUUUCUCAAGAAGAUGUGGAGGCAGUUUCUGCCAAUGCUACAGCUGCCACCACAGUGCUAAGACAACUGGACAUGGAAUUGGUUUCAAUCAAACGACAGAUUCAGAAUAUUAAACAGACAAACAGUGCUCUCAAAGAAAAACUUGAUGGUGGAAUAGAACAAUAUAGACUUCCAGAGGUUAUUCAGAAGUUUAAUGCACGUUGGACCACAGAAGAACAGCUUCUUGCUGUACAAGCAAUCAGGAAAUAUGGCCGAGAUUUCCAGGCGAUCUCAGAUGUCAUUGGAAACAAAUCAGUGGUACAAGUGAAAAACUUUUUUGUAAAUUACCGACGCCGCUUCAACAUAGAUGAAGUCUUACAGGAAUGGGAGGCAGAACAUGGCAAAGAAGAAACCAAUGGAACCAGUACCCAGAAACCUAUAAAGUCCCCAGAUAAUCCCAUUAAAAUACCUGAAGAAGAGGAGGAGGCCACUUCUGUUCUUGACGUCAGAUAUGCAUCCGCUUCGUGAAAGACUUGAGUAGCUUAGAAUAAUUUGCAUUAACUACUGUUAAUCCAAGAUAUCAGGUAUUACCGAACCUCAGACAGCCAUCUGCAUCAUACCUAUGUGGACAAGCAGCUAUUACCAAAAAAGGCAAACACUUCCAGUCCUGUGCUGCAACUGCCUUAAUUCUUUGCUCAUUCCUCUGCACUGCCUCCACUUCCCAGUUUGCUUUUCAUUUCAUCGGUACCUGCCUGAAUGCUGGGGGGAAAUUGCCACAUCCCACAUAGCUUGUGGGUUUGUUUUUGAACUGUCUCCAUAAGUACUCCCAACAGCCUCAAAGUAAUCGGCAGGGAGUGGAAGGGGGAGAAGAGUCAGCUCAGAAGGUCUAACUCUGUAUUGCCUGUAAUCUUUGCUUUGUGCAUAUUGUAAUUAUAAUAGUGACAUUCUUAGCUUUCCAGGAAGAGCCUCCUAUUCAUUUUUGAGUUGACUGACCACCCAGACAUCAUGCUUCCUCUGAAAACAUAGUCUGUGUUUGUAAACUGCAUCGUGACUUUUUAGUGCUCAGCGUUCCAAUGCCAUUCAUGGUUUCCUUAACUUAGGUCCUAAUGAUGGUUUAUAAUUAUUAGAUCAUAAUGGUUUAAUGGCAGGUGUCUCUUUUAAGCCAACUCCUAAUAAUCUGUCUUGGUGGAAAACUCACUAGUAGUGAACAGACCAGCCUGGGUUACUGUAGUUUCAAGGUUUGGUUGAGUACAGUGCCACCACACUCAUCAUUUUGCAUUGUAACUCUGGUCAGGCACACCUUCCCUUACACUCUACUCCCUGCCUUUCUCAGUACCCCGUAGAGAUUGAAUCCAAACAACUUUAUCUGGUGCUUAUCCAUUUGGAAUUGGUGCCUUUCACAUUUGGCAUCCAUCCAUAUCAUCAUUAUGCUUCAAUGUCAUCUUCUUUCCUUAAAGCUUGCUGCUUGCCAAAGAUGAUUGUAUUUGUAUGAGGGGUGGCAAGCAUGAGUGUGCUUGCCAUCGAUCCUGACAGGAGCACAGGUUUAGAAUUUCUCCUUAUUUAUGAGUGGUCGAAUGGCUGGUGACUACUUUAUGAAAGCUCACUGCACUUCCCUUUCUUCUUUCUACAACUUGCCUCUCAGUCACAACCUGCUUUGUGUACCUAUGCGUGAACAUAUGAUAACAAAAAUACAAAUGGGUCAAAGGGUAGAGUGUAGAAAUGGUUGGUCAGCUUUUUGAUCUAACAAGACUCUAAUAAGAAGAAAUAUAUUCCAAGGUAGUAUGAUAAUGCCUUUUGGUUAGACUACUAAAACAUGUCUAACCAAGGCUCUAAGAUUUGGAGAAUAGAUUUUUUUUUUAACUAGGCCUUGUGUAUACAAAGGUGGAGGAGGAGCAGACUAGCAAGCCACAGAUUCAGAUCCAUGUUAAAUUUAGCCUAUGUUUUUCUAGGUAUAAUUAACUUUUCCCUAGCAUCAUCAAGUUUGAUUUCUAGUUUCUGUUUUCAAUACCAAAAGCAAGAAAAAUGCUUGCCAGAUGCUUUAAGGUACAACAUCUUUCUUAAGAACUUAAAAUAUGCAAUCAAAAUUGGACGUGUGUUUUAAGUCCCUCUCUGCACCUUGCUUUUUAAGCUAAUUGAUCCUCUGCUUAGGAAGAGGGUCAUCUGGGAACUGUAGAUUUUUAGAAAUGCUUCUGGAGAAAGAGUACUCAAGUACAGAAGUCAGGAAAAACAGGACAUUUUCUUUUCCUUUUUGUACCUACACAAGGUCUGUGUGUUGCUUAAUGGAACCUACUGAGGAAAUCAGGGGAGGAAGGAUGAGAGGAGCAGCACCUGGUUGCUGUUGCAUGAUGACAGUGGGAGUAGAACAAUACUAGAAAAAUCACAACAGCCAGCCUGCUGCUGAAUUGGGGAAUUGGCAGCGAUGGUGGAGGGAAGAAGAAUCAAGGAAUGAUUUUGCACAUCUUUCCAAAGCAGCAACACAUGCUUUCUCUAUGCUAAUGUCAGGACAUCAGCAGCUUUUCCUGUAGGAGCCCUCUUGGCCUUGCCAAAAAACUCAUUCCUCCUACCACAAAUAUUCUGAUUAAGAAAUAGUCCCUUAUGGCAGUGCUUUGGAAGCCAGAUGCUAUUGUUUGUAAUGUAGAAUGGCAAACAGGUCAAUACCACCAUGUCUUUAAUCUUUAGUGAAUUAGGCUCCAGUCCCAUCAAGCUACCAUUCAUGUUUCCUAGCAGCUGAGUUUUGGCACACUCCCUAAGGGAUAAUAAAUAGCAUAUAAUUUUCACUUGAUAGAGGGAAAAAAUAAGUGACCCAUCUUUGCUUGACUGCUGCCAUUGUAGCUAUAUACAUAAGAUAGCACUGUAUUUUUACCUUUGAUUUUCAUUACACUGUCUUUGCAAUGAUGUUUUAAAUGUAAGAAAUCACUUAGCUUUAAAAGCUAAGCAGUUUGGUCUUAUUUAUAUUAAGACCCCUUUUAAUGGAUCAAGAAUUAUAUUCAUCAAAUGGUGGCAUUCAGACGUGUGAAAGUCUGCAUUGAUAACAGCAGAAGAUGUAGUGUUCACUUAAAUUUUGUUUUCUUAAAAAUUAUCAAUGUGAAUGUCAUAAUUAUAUAAAUUUUUGUGGAAAUGGGAAUUUAUUUCUCCUAAUUAUAAGUUAUUGUGCAAAAUAUAGUAUCAUUAAAGCAAAUGAUAGUUUAACUUUUAGUUUAGAAUCCCUCAGAGAUAUAAAGUGUAUUACAUAUGCAUAAGCAAAUUACAUUUGUUUUAUUUAAUUUUUCAUAGGUGUGUAAAGUACUAGAUAAAGUUUUUUCCACUUAACCAUUUAAACACCUCGUUACUUGAAUAUUGUGUUAACUGUUCCUGAAACACAGUGAUCAAUUUUGUAAUAUAGCUCUCUUUACCAAGGAAAUGACUAUGCCUCAGUUGUGCUUAAUAGUUGAGCAGUUGUGGACAAUUACAGUGUAUGCUCUAGUCCACAGGAGCCAUAGGUAGUAUAUAUAACGCAACCACUGUGUUGUGUCUUGAUAAGUUCAUACCAAUAAAGAAACUGAUUUCCUGAUAGUUAUUUGUAAAAGUUUUCAACCCAGAGGAUCCCUUAAUGGUCACAUAAGCCUCUAAUCUACAGAAGGUCAUUGGGUUUUAAAACUCUAACCAUGGUGUUCAAACUAGUUUUUAAAAUGUCCUUUAAAAAGUUCUCUUAUCUAUACCACUUAAGUAUAUUCAUCGUCACUUUAAAUUUAAACUGUGCCCUUUAUUCGUCUUUCUAAAUAUCUGAUAUACUGUUGGUAUAAUUGCACACCAAAUAUGAGCCAAACAGUGCAUUACAGCUCACUGGGCCACUGCUAGGUGAGCCCAGGGCAGCCAUGGGCCCUACAUACGGCGCCAACCAGAAAUAAAGAGCCUCUCACUUUCCCCUGUUUUAAAGGUUAUUGACGAGUGACCUAGGACUCAAGCUUUUAAAACAAAAUUAAUCCCUUGAGGUAGUUUUUAGCUAGUGUGAUGAUGCUGAUGAUCUCUGACGCAGGGGCCUAAUUGCCUACCAUCUUUCAGCCACUCCCUGGAUUUGUGGAGCUUGUUCUGUUGAUCGUGAAGCACAAUUGCAGUGGCAGUUCAGAAGAAGGAAGGUCAGUAUAGUCUAUGCAUGUUGUAUAAUAAUGAGUGUUUACAGUCCUAGUCUCUGAAGAUAAAAAUUCAUACUGGAUUGUAUAGUGUUAUUCCAUUAUGUAGAUUUUAUCAAUUUUGUUAAGUGCUUUGAGACAGCUUAAAAAGUUUUUCAAGAUUUUAAAAGAUGUAUGAGGUUAAGUUUGCAAAUAUAAUGGCAAUGCUGUAUAGCUUUUGAAGUGAUAAAUUACACGUUGGAAUUUUAAAGUAUGUUGUAAUAAUGCUGUUGUAAGUAAUAUUUUAACGUCUCUUGGGCCUGUUUUUUAUUAUUCAGCACAUUUGUUGUGGUGAAUGUUCAUAGCAUUAUAAACCUGCUAAGCCAUUGAAAAGUAAAAGGUAACUUCUGUUUUUCUGAUUAUCAUUUUAUUGUAAAUGAAAUUAUAGUGGAGACUGAAAAAUUCAUUUGUGAAAUUCUGCAUAAUUCAGUUUUUUCUAUGAUUUGCAAUGUUUGCUGAUAUCAAAUAAAACCUUUUCAAGCCAUGGAUGUAAUAAAACAUGGAGUAAAACCA